UAUAUAUAUAUAUUUAUAUAUUGCGGUCGAUUAGUAGAUAGGUAGAUAGUUCUAUUGUUAAAUGUACAUGGAUGAUGGAUAAUAUAAGUUUCUUCUCUAAAUCAACCUAUAAACAAAUUUCCCUAUCGUAUAAAAUAAUGUAAAAUAACUAUCUAUACUAAUACAUACAUAUAUAUCUAAACCAAACAAUACCAUAGUUUGAAUUCUUUUACCAUUAUAAAUUGUAUAUUGACUUAAAUUGAAUUUUCAUCUUGAACAACCUAAGAAUAAGAAUAAUUUACUUUUCUUUUUGACUUCCAGUUAUCUUAGUAUUGUGAAACCCUAUCAUCAAAAGUAUUUGAAUGUAUUCAUUUGUUCAACGUAUAAUACACAUAAUUUAAACAAAGAAAACUUUGUGUUAUUCAGUAGUUUCAUACUUUAUUUUUUCUCUUGUUCAAAUAUCAAUAUCAAUAUUUUUUCCAGUUGAAGAGUGUGGACUUUAGUUGUUUUUUUUUUUUAAAAAAAUGCCUAUUAUUCAGCUUCUCAUACGUAGACACUAAUACAUAUACAUAUGUACAGGUAUUACUCAUGAAGCUAGUUUAUUAUUUCUGAUUGAAUUAAAUAAUAACAAUCAUACUGGUUGAGAUGAACACUGAAACAUUGAAUGUAAUCGAAAAAUCAUUGAAUUGGUCAGAUUAUGCAAUGAAUGCAAUCUCGAAUAAUAAUAAUAAUAAUAAUAAUAAUACUAGUGGUGAAAAUAACAUUGAAAGUUCUUGGAUAAUUAAUCAGAUGACUUGUGAAAAACUGAAUAUUCCAUGUCAUCCUCACCAUCAUCAUCGUGAUAAUGACGAAGAUAAUGAAGUGAAUAACACUAUGAAAAAAUGUGGAGAGAUUGAUUAUGAAAUUAGAAAAUCUACUCAACAUUUAAAUCAUGAUAAUAACAAUGAUUAUAAAAUCAUGAAUACUACUAUUAAUAAUAAUAUAAGUAGUAGUAAUGAAUUCGGUAUAGAUACUUCCAAAGUCAAUAUUGAAGUUAAGAGUACAAGUCAUGAUCAAUUAAUCAAUUAUGUGGAUUAUGAACUGGAAACAUUGAUGAAAACAAACUCUAAUUGGAAUAAUAAUCAUGAUAAAUGCGGUAAAAAUCUGGAAAUAUCUAACAGUUAUGAUGAACAUUAUGAAAAUUCACUAAUUAAUAAAAUAAAUAGAAAUAAGUUCGAUCAAUAUCAUGGUGAUAUUAUUAACAAAUCCAACAAAGAAUUAAAUAAUUUCAAUGAGAACAAGACUAAUUCAUCUGAAGUACAGGGACAAAAUAAAGAACUAGGCGACUCAUACCAUUGUCCUCAUUAUCAUCAAGCUACCAACAAUGGAAUCAUAAAAGAUAACUGUCUAUUUCAGUCAGCCUUAAGACAACCAGAAAACUCCAAAAUGAUUGACUGGUCCAAUAGCAAUAAUCAAAUGGUCGAUGGAAAUAUUUAUAGUGAUCACUCAAAAAAUGAAUGUGAACAAUCAUUGAUUUCCGAUAAUAAACCAGUAUACCCUGAUCAUAUUUCAUGUUACCCAACUCAUUGUAUCACCGAUUCGUCAGGUUACACUUCAUCAAACUCUUCAUUUUCAAAUUCAUCAUCUGAAUGUUCCACAUCAUCAUCGUCAUCAUUAUCUUUGGCAGUAGUUAGUAAGAUCAACCUACCUACUGAAGAUGACGAUGCUACUCAUAAGAAUAUAAUCAGUAGUUUAGAUUGUACUGAUGAUAAAUUUCAUUCUAAUGGAAUAAAAGAAAUCAAUUAUGAGAAAUAUUUGAAUAUGAAUUUAUAUUCAACACAAAAUGAUGACCCGUAUUCCCAAAAAUGUCUGAAUUUGACUGAAUUCAAUGAAGCCUAUCAUCAGACUAAUGUAAGUAGUAAUGUGAAUUGUAGAGACAAUGGUUUCAAUAAUACACUGACUGCUUAUUUACAGUCAAAUAAACAUUUUAUGAAUAGUAAUAACCAUCAUUAUAGUAAUUUUUUAAUGGAGCAACAAAAGUCCACUUGGAAGAAUGACAUUAAUAAAUUAAAGACAAGUCUACUUGAAGGUGAUGACAAUGAUGAUGAAGAAAAUGACGAAGGAAAUGAUGAUGUUGGUCAAGAUGGUUAUGUGAGUGAAUGUGGGACAAGACAAAGAACAGAUUAUCAAUUGAAUUUAAACCAUACUAUAAAUGAAUUAGACGUUAACUUUCCUAUUCAAUUAACAAACAGUAAUCCUCAUGCAUUAACAAUAGCAAAAAAUUAUAACAAACAUACAGCACAUGAAAUUGGAUUUGUUAGUGGAAUGAUUGUAGACUAUAACAAUGAUGAAAUGAUGAACAAUAUGACUAAAAUGUUGAAUUUUACACAAUCACGACAACUUAUCAACAAUUCAGCUUUUCCGAUUACCGGAUAUACAACAACAAUGACAACAGUUCCACUAUCAUCCUCCUCUUCCUCCACAUCAUCAUUAUCUUUAUCAAGGAAAAUAAUGACAUCAUCCAGUGUCUCCGUAUCUGAUAUCAUUCAAACAACAUCAUCAACAGCGAAUUGUACACGAAUAAUUAAUCAUGAGAAAAAUAAAAAAUUACGUAAACCACGUACAAUUUAUUCUAGUAUGCAAUUACAACAAUUGGCAAAACGUUUUCAUUUAACACAGUAUUUAAGUUUACCUGAAAGAGCAGAAUUAGCUGCAUCGUUGGGAUUAACACAAACUCAGGUUAAAAUAUGGUUUCAAAAUAGGCGUUCAAAAUUUAAAAAAUUAAUCAAUCAAGGUCAUGAUGUAUCAGUUUUAACAAAUUCAUUAUCAUGUAAAUCAGAAACAAGUGAAUUGAAUAAUCAAACAGAGAAUAUUUAUGAAGAUUGUCAUGAUCUCUUAAUGAAAACUAUACCAUCUGAAACUGAUAUUCUUAUCAAUUCAGAUGAUAUACCAGUUGACUCUUCAUCUGGAUUUGAGAAUGGUCAUUCAAAUAGUAACUCAAACAGUCCAAUCAAUCAAUCAAUAAUCAGUUCCCCUGAAACUAAUCUUAAUAAACAUAUUACUAAUACUAAUACUAAUAAUAAUUAUAUUAAAUUAGAUGUACAGCCUAAUAAUUUAGUAAACUAUCAAGGAUGGCCAACAGAUCUAAAAGAUGAUUACAGUAAUUCUACGGAUAACCAAAUAGUUCCAAAUCAAUUCAAAUUCAAUGAUCCAGUUCAAUGUAAUAACUAUUUGAAUCAAAAUUUUUAUUCCUCGAAUAAUACUGAUCAAAUAAAUAUAUUAGAUGCAUUACCAAGACCAUAUUAUUGGACAAAAUCAUUGUUUGAAUCAUCAUCUUCAUCAUCAUCAUGUAACUAUUGGUUACCAAUGGCAACAAGUAAUCAAUGUUCAUAUUUUAAUCCCAGAUCGUAUUCAACUCCAAGAUGUGACAAUGAUGAUAAUAAUGAUGAAGAUGAUGGUGGCGAUGAUGAUGAUGAUGAUAAUGACAACAACAAUGAUGAUGACGAUGAUGAACACGAAGAUAGUGAAUUAGAACAUGAUACGAGUAAUGACACUAAUAAUAAUAAUAAUAAUAUACAUGACUCCUGGACUUUGAAUAGACUCAAUGAUUAUAGUUAUUUAAAUUCAGCACCAAAUAAGGAUAGAUUAAACAAUUCUGAAAUAAUUUAUUCCAAAUCUCCAUCACAAACUUAUUCAUCAUAUCAAGGAUGGAAAAAAUAUUGUUUAAAUAACGAAUUCAAUCAAUUAGUUUAUAACUUUGAACAAGGUAAUUCACCCAAUACAUCACAAGACCGAUUCAAUUACAAUUUUCAUUCCUCUUGUUCACAAACAUUACCUGAAACAUCAACAACAAUAGCUUCAGUAGAAACACAACCAUCACCAUGGUCUCUUAUAGAAUCAAUCUGUGUACAACAAAACACUGAUCAAACUGAAAUUGAACUAAACCAUAAAAACUCUGUCAUUAUUACAAAUCAUAAUUUCACUAAAAUGUCUGAUACUCUAAAAAACUCUAUGAUUCCAUUACCAAGUGAAUAUCAAUUUCAAAAGCAACAAGAACCACAAUUUCCUGAUCCAUGUGAACAUACAACAUCAAUAACAUCAACAAUGACAUCUAUCAUGGUUGAUUCAACAUCACCGUCAUCAUCAUUAUCCUCCUCAUCAUCGUCGUCGACAUCGACAUCAUUACAUAACAACAUAUUGUAUAUUUAAAUCAAUAAAAAACAUGUUCCACUGAUGAAUAUUGACAAGGGACGAAAUUCCAAUCAAGUGAUUCCUUCAUUUCUAUACAUACAAACACAUAUGAAUAACAAGAUGAUUCUAUAUAUAUUUCACCUAAUCAAGUUAAAUAUAAUCACUAUCAUUGUUAGUGAAUUAAUCAUAUGUACUACCUCGAAAAGUACGUUUUUGAUUCCUUCUUAUACAAUAACAAGUUAAAUGAAGACAUACUACUGAAUAACUUGAUCUAUAUAAGUAGUGUAUAUUCUAAUGUUAACUUGAUGUAAUUAUUAACCAUUAAAGGAAACAUAAACUGAUUUACAUACAAAGAAAAGUGUAAAACAUACAUUCAGAAUAAAUACAAAUACCUGUCAUUUGGAUACAUAAAUUACUAUGAAUAUACAAUGAUCAUUACAUCGUCAUCCUCAUCAUCAUCAUCAUCUUUAUCAGCUUGUAUACUGUUUGUUUCAUUUGUAUAAGGAACUUGAAAAACUAUUGUUGACUCUGUUAAUUUACAAAAUUGUCACUUCUAAACAAUACUACUUAAUUCCUUUAUAUAUAUAUAUCAAUAAUACAACAAUUUUCAUUUAUUUUAUCUAUCCAUUCUAGUAGUUUAAAGAGGUGAUGCAUCUUUACACAAAUGAUUUAUUGUGGUACUCUUCAGCAGUACGGCCGUUCAGUGCUUC